AAUGAAUCCAAUUUCUAUGCCUCAAUUUAAAGGGGAUCCACUGUUAUUCCAUGCGGUGGCACAUGGAAAUGUUUAGGAAGUCAUUUCACUAAUAGAAGAUAAGGAAGCCAGCGUUGAUGCUCGUAAUAUUAAUGGUGCAACUCCUCUAAUAUAUGCUGUCUAAGCAAAUCAUCCUUAGAUUACAGAACUUCUCUUGAAAUUUAAAGCAAAUCCGAACUUAAAAGAAUACUAUGAUGUAGGAGAAAAGACUGCUUUGCACUAUGCAGUUGAAAAAAAUUAAUUUAAAUUAUGUUAGUUACUUUUAGAUUACGGAGCCAAUCCAAGUUUGUAGGAUAAAAGAGGUCUCACUUGUUUACAUUAUGCAGCCAGAUAAGGAUUCAAAUAAAUAGUUGUGUUACUACUAAAUUAUGGAGUUGAUAUCAAUUUAAGAGAUGAGAAUGGAUUCAAUGCUUCCUAUUGGGCUUAAGUUAAUAAGUUUAAUGAAAUUUUGAUUUUAUUACCUCCACCAAAAGUCAUUCCCUCAAACGAUUUAUUAGAAUUUAAGACUCAAAUGAGAGAAAUCCAUAAAAUAGAAAUAGGUAAAAAAAAAAAGAAGAAGAAGAAAUGAAC